AUGUUCAUAUUAGAACAAACAUCUGGUCAAUGCCUUUAUCCAGCUUGGGAAACAACGUGUCAGAAGUAUUGUCUCGAACAUCAAUAUUAUCGAAUUCAAACAAACCAAUGCUGGAGUAAAGAUCCCAAACAUCUUCGCUGUCAAUGUAAUGGUCUCGACUUAACCGAAAAGAUAAAGGCUAUACUACUUGCCAAUGAAAAUCUCGAUACCAUUGUAAACAAUCCGUCGUAA